GCCAUUAACAAACCCCUCUAUUUUUCAAACCCAAGAAGCCGCUAAACACUCAUCAAACCCUCCAUUAAUCAUCUUCUCUAAAACCCUGAAAAUCAAAUCAUCAAAAUUUUAAAUCUUUUUUCAAAUCAAACUCCCCAAGAUUUCAAAUCUUGAAAAAAUCCCAACUUCAACAAUGUCAUCAUCUUCAUCCCCUUCCCAACCUCCACAAACCACCGCUGCAACCACCACCACCACCGCCGGCGGCCCAACCACCACCGUCGAUUACUUCAAAUCAGCCACUAGACAAGUACCCAUAAAACAACCUUUAAACCCAUCAAUUUAUCAAUCUUUGUAUAGCCACCCAACUCAACCACCAUUCCCACCACCACCACCACCGCCGCCACAACAACAACAAAACCGCCCACCCCCAAAUUCAAGAAUUCUUUAUCCUGUUGCUUCUUCCGGUAGAGGGUUGGUACCGAAUUCGGAAGGGUACCCGCCUCGCCCUGCUUCCGGUUACCCUCAUUCGUAUCCGGCUCAACGGCCUUAUAUUGGGGAAUAUUCGACUCAUAGUUUGCAUCAUUUGGUUAACCCUCAUUUGCAACAGACUUUUGGUUUGGUGCCUCCUAUGGGUGCUGGUCUUUCGGUUUCCGCAGCCCCAAAGGUUGCUGUUCAAGCAUCAACUGCUGAUGAUAAUAGGCCAAAAAAUAAAAGGGACAAGCAUGGAGAUGAAACUUUCGUCAUGGUCAGAGAUAGAAAGGUUCAAGUUUCUGAGGGCACCUCCCUUUAUGCUCUAUGCCGCUCAUGGUUAAAGAAUGGUUAUACUUCGGAAAAUCAGCCACAAUAUGCGGACUCCAUGAAGUCUCUUCCAAAGCCAUUGCCUGCAUCCAUGGUAGAAGCAAAAAAGGAAGACGAUACUGAAAUAGAGGAGAAAAUCGAAGAUGUCGAACAUUUAUCUGCUGAGGAGCUGUUGCAGCAGCAUGUUAAGAAUGCAAAGAAGGUUCGAACAAGGUUAAGAAAUCAAAGGCUACAAAGAAUUGAAAGGUACAAAGACCGUCUCGCCCUUCUCUUGCCCCCAGUUGUUGACCAACCUAAAAUCGAUCCUACUUCCUGAAGUGGAGUAGUUACCACAUUUCUGUGGCUUUAUAUGAGAAUUAGCUUUUACAAUGCUUGCUAGAUGUUUACUUUGAUAUAUCACACCAUCCUGGGUUUUUGUGUAUUUUUUUGUUGUCUUUAGUUUUGUAGCCUAUGGUUCCAUUAAAAGGAAAAUGCUCAAAAAAUGGCUGUACAUGCUAUGGUUCAAUAGUGGAUGGUUCUAAUUGCUAUUUCUAAGAUAUAUAUUGUAGAAAA